AAACCAUCAAAAAUCAAAAUGAGAACAUCUUAGCGGACGGAGGGAGUAAUAGUAUUAUAUUGGAAAAUAAAAAAUGUUAGUUCUACUCUAUUUAUUACUCCAGAGUACAAAUCACUGCCUAGGGGAAGCGAUUAACCAGCGGCAGAGCUCUCGGGACGAUGAUGCGAUGAUACCUCCGGCGGCUUCAUUCCCCGUUUACCCUCACCGACCCGUCGCCGAUUCAUUCCACAACCGACUCAUUGACAUCGUUAAAAUUGCUCUCAUCAAAAUCUUCGUCUCUCCUUACGCCACAGUUUGUGAAUUGUACUGUGGGAAAGUCCCGAACGAAGAAAAAUGGGAUGAAGCUCACAUUAGCCACUACAUUGGGAUUGAUGUAGCCACUUCCGGAAUGAAUGAGAAAAAGGAAGCAUGGGAGAGUCUGCGCAAGGUUUACACUACUGAGCUGAUUGAGCUUGAUCCUUGCACUGAAGAUUUGAAAAGACAUCAUCAGGAUAAAGACAAUGAGGCUGAUAUUGUUUUCUGCAUGCACAAUUUACAGUUGUGCUUUGAAACAGAAGAAAAAACGAGGAAGCUGUUGCAUAAUGUUUCAUCUUUGUUGAAACCUGGUGGUUAUUUUCUUGGUAUCACAACCGACUCAUCUACUAUAUGGGCAAAGUACCAGAAGAAUGUUGAAGCCUGCCACAACAAGGGUAGCGGAAUGAAGCCUAACAUGGUCCCCAAUUGCAUUAGAACUGAGAGUUACACAAUAGCUUUUGAGGUUGAGGAAGAAAAGUUUCCUUUUUUUGGAAUGAAGUAUCAAUUGAAGUUUGCAAAUGAUAUAUCUGCAGAAACACAGUGUCUGGUUCAUUUCCCAAGCUUGAUAAGGUUGGCCAGAGAGGCUGGACUUGAUUAUAUCGAGAUUCAAAACUUGACAGAUUUUUAUGAUGAUUAUAGGGCACAGUUUGUAGGAAUGCUACAAGAUGCCAACCAUACUCUCACAGAUACUAGGGGCAGACUACUCCCUAGAGCUUAUGAUGUUUUAGGCCUUUUCACCACCUUUAUAUUUCAAAAGCCUGAUCCAGACAUUACUCCACCUCUGAUGACUCAAUUCAUAUUAAACAAAGGCUACGAUGAUGAUGAGAUGAUACAACAGAUGGAAUGCCAAGGAACUGUGUGGAGAGAUGAUGAGAGGAACGGGCAGCCCGAUCCUUCUCUGGGGUUGGCCAAGAUAAGUGAACAAAAGGGGAUAUUGGGUCCGGGCCCCGCACAAUUUCGUUUCCCCGAAGCACUUUGACCAAGAAACAUCAAGAGGAUUGCUGCUUGCCUCUCUCUCUGUACUGUGUAAGGUUAGUACUUAGUAGUUUUACCCUGUUGCGGAAGGAGGUUUAUAUUUCUAACUACCCUUGAAAUAGAGUUGUUAGCAAACUCCCCCGUCACCAUAUUAUUGUUGUUAAUAGUGUUAUUUUGGUAUUCACAAAAAUUGACAGUUCUCAAAAUGUUGCUAUAAUUUAAGGGUGAUGCAUAGUGUACAAACAAAGAUUCAUUUGUGUGCACACAAACAAAGAUUCAUUUGUGACCCACCGACAAAUCUAUGGAGCGCAAAAAUGAAGCUUGGUUUACACC